AUGACGUUGAGGAAAGUGAACAUUUCCAUCCUUAUUGUGGCUGUUGUCAUAUUUUUACUAGUUCUUCAUCACAACUUCCUAGGCCUCAGUGACUUGUUGAGACGGGAAUUGUCAGAUUCAAAUCCAUUAGGACUUCAGCCUAUAGAUUUCAUACCUGCAGUUCCCCAGAGGCUGGCAGCUGAAAGGAGUGAUAAGGAGAUUUCUGUGGUCAUUACAGCAUCAGAUGAGAGGCUUGGGGGUGCAAUAGCAGCCAUGAACAGUAUUUCCCGUCACACCAGAUCCAACGUGGUUUUCUAUAUUGUUACACUAAACAAUACUGUGGAUCACCUGAGGCUGUGGCUACGUAACACUGCUCUGAAAAAUUUGAGAUACCGCAUUUUGGAUUUUGACCCUCGUGUCUUAGAAGGGAAGGUACAAGUGGAUCCUCAAAAGGCGGACUCCUUAAAACCAUUAACCUUUGCAAGAUUCUACUUGCCCAGUUUGGUACCUCAUGCAGAGAAGGCCAUCUAUGUGGAUGAUGAUAUAAUAGUGCAAGAUGAUAUCCUUGAACUUUACAACACUCCAUUGAAACCUGGACAUGCAGCUGCAUUUUCAGAUGAUUGUGACUCAACCACUAAUAAAGUUGCUGUCCGUGGAGCAGGCAAUCAAUAUAACUACAUUGGAUUUCUAGAUUACAAGAAAGAAACCAUCCGGAAGCUUGCCAUGAAAGCCAGCACCUGCUCUUUCAAUCCAGGAGUUUUUGUUGCCAAUUUGACGGAAUGGAAACUGCAGAACAUCACUAAGCAGUUGGAGAAGUGGAUGGCACUUGAUGUAGCAGAGGAACUUUACAGUAGGACUCUGGCUGGCAGCAUCACGACACCUCCACUGCUCAUUGUAUUUUACAAGCAACAUUCUAGUAUUGAUCCCAUGUGGAACGUUCGGCAUCUUGGGUCUAGUGCUGGAAAAAGGUACUCUCCUCAGUUUGUGAAAGCUGCCAAGCUACUCCAUUGGAAUGGACAUUUCAAACCCUGGGGCAGAACAGCUUCAUAUGCUGAAGUCUGGGAGAAGUGGUAUGUUCCUGACCCCACAGGCAAGUUCAGCCUGAUCCGCAGACAUUUGGAAGCUUAUGAAGCCAAGUAGAAUCAAUUUUCAUAACCGAUGGCG